AUGGCAUUACAGCCUAUGAACUGGGCAAGUAUCAAACAGAACAUUGAGUCAGGGGAAUUGCAGAACUUGAAGAGGUCACCAAUUGAAACCGAAAAGUAUCAUGAGCAUAAGAGAAUAUUAGCUGAGAAGAAUAUUGAAAUUGGUGACUACAUUUUGAAUAAACUGGGAUGGACUUUAAAUGAGCUCGCAAGUGUGAAUGACAUCAGUGAAGAAGAAAAACUGUCUUUGAGUUUCUCGAGAAAGGAUUUAUACAAGCUGAGCGUAAAUGAUUUUCCGUACAAUUUUGAACCCCAAGUAUCACAUCUUUUAAUAUGGUCUAAGAUUAAUCUGCCUCUAUACAAUAAAAACGAGUCUUCAACAGACAUGAAUCCUGAAAUGAAGACAAAAAUAGAAACAUUUAUUCACAACAAUCUGUCAAAAUACCUGGAUCUUGAUAUGAAAGACGAUUAUUGCUGGUUUAUCAACUACCGAAAUUUACAAAGUAUUAAAGGAAUUGCACACGUCCACUUGUUAAUUAGAUGCGUAGACGAAAACGGACCACAAGGUAAUAGAUGCCAACGAAUUAAGAACGAAAUCCUAAAUGAAGGGUUUGAACCUAUAAGUUAG